UGCACUUUGCAACAAAAUUUUCCACUUUGGUCAUCUCUUAGUCGCAUCUCAAUAUCCCAUUCGCAUUCGCAUUCGCAUUCGCAUGCGCAAUGGUUUCCCCUGAAAACACCAAUUGGCUCUUCGAUUAUGCCUUGAUCGACGAUAUUCCCGUCCCCGACGCCACCUUCACCACCGUCCCUCCUUCCGCCUUCACCUGGGCCCCACCACUCCCCUCCAAUGUCUGUGUUGAAACUGAUGGCUCAUUGGGGGAUUCUGAUGGUCUCAAAGAACCUGGUUUGAAGAAGAGGGGUAGAUCUGAUUCAUGUGCUACUAGCUCUAAGGCAUGUCGGGAGAAGUUGCGGAGGGAUAGGCUGAAUGACAAGUUUGUUGAAUUAGGCUCCAUCUUGGAGCCUGGAAGGCCUCCCAAAACAGACAAGGCUGCUAUUCUGAUUGAUGCUGUCCGAAUGGUGACACAGUUGCGGGGUGAAGCCGAGAAGUUGAAAGACUCAAAUACGAGUCUUCAAGAGAAGAUUAAAGAGUUGAAGGCUGAGAAGAAUGAACUUCGUGAUGAGAAACAGAGGCUUAAGGCAGAAAAAGAGAAGUUGGAGCAGCAGGUGAAAUCAAUGAAUGCCCAACCUAGUUUCUUGCCACACCAUCCUGCAAUCCCUGCUGCUUUUGCUCCACAAGGCCAAGCCCCCGGCAACAAGUUGGUGCCAUUUGUUGGUUAUCCCGGAGUCGCCAUGUGGCAAUUUAUGCCACCGGCUGCCGUGGAUACCUCACAGGAUCAUGUACUCCGUCCCCCAGUUGCCUAAGUUGGCAUUGCGCAAUUAUUUGGGCUUCCAAUUUGGCCCAAAAGUUGUAUUCAUUUUCUCAUACCUUUUGCCUUUCAGCUAUUGCUAAGCGUUCUAACUGUAACUGGAUUCAGUGGUGGCUUUGACUGUAUUUGUCAGCUGAUAAUAUUAUGAAGUAAUGCUGGUGUUUGCAUGUAAAUCUUAAUAAGCUGUCUGGCUGUCUUCGCGUCGGCUUUAAUGUUUGUUACUGGUUUUGAUAUAAUCCAAGGUCAAUUGCAG